ACCAAACAACCCCUUAAAUAAUUCGCCCGUCUUACUUAUGGGCUGAGAAAAGAUGUGGCGUCGUUCGGUAUACGUAUUUGGGUUUUUGAGUACCCAAGAAAGAAUUGAAGGUUUUGGAGCUGAGAAAGAAGAAAAACAUCCAUAGAUGUCGACAGUGUACGUUUUAGAACCGCCGACAAAAGGAAAAGUGGUACUUAACACGACGUAUGGGCCAUUGGAUAUAGAACUAUGGCCAAAAGAAGCCCCUAAAGCUGUAAGGAAUUUUGUUCAAUUGUGUCUUGAAGGUUACUAUGAUAAUACCAUCUUUCAUCGUGUUAUCAAAUCUUUCCUUAUUCAAGGUGGUGACCCUACCGGCACUGGCACUGGUGGUGAAAGCAUAUAUGGUGGUGUGUUUCCGGAUGAAUUUCACUCCCGUUUAAGAUUCAAACAUAGGGGUUUGGUGGCAUGUGCCGGUGCAGGCUCACCAAAUUCAAAUGCAAGUCAAUUCUUCAUGACUUUGGAUCGUUGUGACUUUCUCGACAAAAAGCAUACAAUCUUUGGAAAAGUAACUGGGGAUUCAAUAUAUAAUCUUAUUACAUUGGGUGAAGUUGAAACUGACAAGGAUGAUCGGCCUGUGGAUCCUCCACCUAAGAUACUGUCUGUAGAGGUAUUAUGGAGCCCUUUUGAGGAUGUUUUCCCUAGAGCAAAGCCUGCAAAAGCUUUGCCUUCUGGGGUUACAACUGAGAAGAAAGAUGCAAAACAGAAAGCCACCAAAAAAUUGAACUUGCUUUCAUUUGGAGAAGAAGCAGAAGAGGAGGAGAAAGAACUUGUAGCUGUGAGUGCAAGGAUAAGAAGCAGUCAUGAUGUCUUGGAUGAUCCACGUCUGCUGAAGGAAGGAAAAGAUGAUCAAGCUUUGGUCUGAUGCUGAUGACCGGCCAAAAGUGGAUAAGUUGUCUCUAAAGAGAAAAGGACUAGGCUCUGAAGCGAGAGCUGAACUUAUGGCCAAUGCAGAUACAGACUUACUGUUGUUGUCUGGUCCUGAACGAGAAAGACAGCUGCUAAAGCAAAAGGGACGAGGGCGAAAAGGACACGAAGAAGAAGUGCUAGCAAAACUGGAGAUGUUUAAGGCUGGACUUUCUGCUAAAGCCAAUGAAUCUGUUAAUGCCGGCAAGGAGGAAGAAUUAUCCGAUUGGGCAGCAAUUACAUUAAAUUUCACUCCUGAACCUGGAAAGGACAAAAUGACUCGUAGUGAGGACCCAAAUGAUUACGUGGUACACGAUCCUUUGUUGGAGAAAGGAAAAGAGAAGUUUAAUAAAAUGAUGGCCAAGCAAAAACGACGAGAAAGAGAAUGGGCUGGCAAAUCUCUUACUUGAGCUGAUCUUCCAGCUGAAGAAAAAGAUGGAAUUGCUAUUUGUGAAGUUAAUCGUCAUUCAUAUUGAAAUGGCAAUGAUGUUGGUUCCUCUCUUUGGAAGCCAAGACCCUUUUACUGGGCCAAAAUAUUUCAUUGGACUAUGGCAUUUUGAGUAUCGAUAUCUUCUUCCCAAAGAAGUUGCAGAAGUGCCGACCAAAAAUGCUCAUCUGGUGUGAUGUAUUUGCCUGUGCUGUGAUCGUUUCCUAUUUUUUUUUCUUUCAAAAUGGACAGGAAAUGGUGUACCAGUACACUUUUGGUUUCAAUGGAAUGUGGAAAUGAACACUUAACAAUGUAAAUAGUUUUUUCCAUUAAAAGCGGGCCAAGUCUGUUCAUAUGGACUA